AUGUUAAUUGCAUUAUUUAUCAUCACUAUCCAAGCUGAAAUUUUAUAAUUUAAUCCUACUAAACUAAAUUAUUUGUAUCCAACUAAUGAAAAUGAAUGUGAAAAUAUUGAACUUAAAUAAAAUUAAUAUUUCUAUCAAGAUAUUAAUAAAGAAACUAAUGUAAUUUAUAGAUAUGCCAAUGAUUUUUAUGGGCUAAUUAAUGACAAAUGGAAUUUAACAUUUAUAGAUUUAAUUUAUAAAGAUUAGUUAGCACCUAUUUUUUAUUAUGUUCUUUAAACCUAAUAUUUGAAAUUUAAUGAUAAAGAAUACAUAUGUUCUCUAUUAUAGGAUUAAGGAAAUUUGAAUUACUAAAUUAAUUGUAAAUAAGCAAAUCCAUAUUAAUAUAUUGAUAAUCAACCUUAAUUUAAAUAGAUAAAUGAAUUUUCAUUCAUAAUCAACUAUGAAGAGGGAUUUUAAUGUAACAGCUUUAUAUUUUUAAAUGAUGUAUUUUUAAUUCUUUGCUUUAAUAAUGAUCAUAUAAUAAUAAAUACUUUUGAUUUGAUAGGCAAUAAAUAAUCUUACUAAUUUCCUUUCACAAAUAAAUAAUGUAAUAGCAAGUUUAAUGUUCCAUAAGAUAGAUUCAUCUUAGUUUCCUUUUAUUAGUGUGAAGAUUGGGUAAUUCUAUUUUUGGAUGUAGAUCUAAAUUUUAUAACAAAAAUUACCAAUAAAUAAGUAAUUAAAAUUGGAAAAAUAGAUUCUUAUAAAUAAUUAUAAAAUGUUCAUAAUUGUUAUAAUCAGUUGUUUUUAAUUUUUGAUCAAGAAUACAUCGAAUUUAAUGCUCUAUCUUUUUUAUCCUCCGAUUUUGAUCCAUAAGCUGGAUAUUUUAAAAUUUAAGAAUAAAAGUUACUGAUAAUUUUAAGUUGUUAAUAAUAUAAUCAAUUUAUUUCAGAAAAAAAUAUGAAUUCAAUAAUAAAUGGCAUAGAGACUUAAGAUUUAAAGAAAGUGGCUACUUUAGGGUCCUCUAUUAUGUUACUGUAAUAUACUGACAAUUUAGUAGCUAUAAUAACAAAAGAGAUAUAAUAAAUAAUUAAUAUUAAUAUUAAUUAAAUAAAUAAUUUGUUUAUAGGCAAUCAAAUUUUUUUAAUUGUUGAUAAAUCAAAUAUAGUACAUAUGUUUAAGGCAAAUUUAUUUUAUAAUCAUUUGUUCUAUUAAAAAUAGGGAUAAUAUUUAGGAUUUUAUAAGCUUGACAAUUUAAACGUUUCAUUAAUUUAAUGUUUUAAUAUCUUUGAAUAUUAAGAUAAAAAUGAUAAAUUAUAAGUUAGAAUCUAAAAUCUAAAGAAAUAAAAUUAUAUGAUUUAAACAAAGGGGAAUUUUAAUUAAAUAUGGAUUGACAAAUUCAAUAUCUUUUUUAAUAUAGAUCUUAAAUUUUCAUUUAAUUUUACAAACAUAUUUUCAUUAAAAUAGGAGUAAACAUAAAAUUAUAAAUUAAGCCAAUUAAAUUAGUUAAAAAUUUUUGGGUAAUUUUAUUUAUUUAAUAUUAAAUAAUAAAUUUAUAUAAUGUUUAAUCAAGAAGAUUAAUUUAUAAGACUUUAUAAUGUUAACACUUCAAGAUUCGAACAUUUAAAUUUAAGACUGAAUUUAAAUUAAAUAAAAAUUUAUUAUGUAUUAAAAGAUAUUAAGUUUGUGUUAGUUGAGGAAACCCUUAGAAAAAUAUUUAUUUUUAAAUCAUCAAAGAGUAAAUAAGAUAUGAUAACAUAUUAAAUUUAUUAGUUUAAAAAGGAGAUAAGAAUUUCUUUUUUUAAUCGAAAUUUAAUAGGUUUACAAUUAGUAAAUUCUACAGAAAUACUUUUCGAAAAUGAAAGUAGAAAUACAUUCUCAAAUUAAUCAUUGCAUUAUUAUUCUGAUUUGGAAAAGAGCAAUUUAAAAGUACAUAUAUAAUGUGCUAUCAAAGUUCUAAAUUUUUAUAAUGUUUUUAUUUUCUAAUAUGAAUAAUAUAUAACAAUUUAAAUAGGAAAUAGUGAUACUUUAAGUAUUUAUAUCUUAAUUAAAUAAUAGUUAUUAAUUAGAAACUUUUGUUAUUAGGGGGAUAUAUUAUAAGAAAAAAUCCAAUCAAAUUAAUAUUAUUAGGAAUGAAUAAAGAGAUGAAUACCAUGCAUAAGUAUUUAAUAAAUUAAUAAAAUUUUUUCAAGCUUUCAACAUUUAAUUUCUCAGAUUAUAUACCAAUAUUACCUUUAUGCUAUUAAAUUAUGGAAAAUAUUAUUAUAAUUCUAACUAAAAAAUAGGAUAAAGAUUUAUUUCAUAUUUUAUUAUUUAAUAUGGAAUAGUAAAGCAAUCUUGAAUAUUAUGAUAUAGUAUCUACUCCUUAUUAAUAUUUUUAUGCUUUAUCUGGUUUCCUUUAUUAUUACAAUCAUAAUCUAGAAUUAAUUUAAUAUAACAUUUAUUAUUUGUCUAUUGAUGUUGACCUAAAAGAACUUAAUUAAAUAGUAUACAAAGAAUAAUUUUAAUUAGAUAUUUAUGAUUAAUCUAAGAUAAAUCCUAAUGUUUAUAGUGAAAAAUUAGAUUUAUUAGUUGUCAAUUUUUAAAAUGAUUUAUAACUUAUCAAUUAAACCAAUCAUAAAAUUAUUGUGUAAAAUAAUUCUGCUUAAUUCAAUCCAAAUACUUUUGUAAAAGGACUUUUCUAUGAAUUCAAUUUGAUAAAUACAACUUUCUAUUAUCUUGAAACUCCAUUCCGUCUUUUUAAUAGAAAAUCCUGCCAUUAAUUUAUUAAUAAUUUAUGUAUAAUUGAAGAAACUACAUUUUUUAUAGUUUAAGAUUUAACAAAAGAUUUAAAGUCAAAUUAAACAGUCCCAAUAGCAUUUAAUUAAGAGAUGAAAAUUCAUAGUUGUAAUGAAGCAAUUUUAAUAAUAUAAUAAUCCUAAUCAAAAUUUAUAAAAAUAUCAUAUUAUAAAUAAAAUAUUGAAUCAUUUGUAUUAAUAGAAGAUGUAUUAAUAAAAACCUAAUUAAUAUAAUCAAUAUUAAUGGUUUUAUCUUAUAAAUAAACAAAUUAUUAUUUUAUUAAUGAUUCAAUUACUUUAAUAAAGUCUUUUUAAAAUGAAGAAAAAUUUUCAUAACAUUUUUUAUAUCAUUAAAUCGAUUUUGACAAAAUCUGUUUAAUACUCUUUUAAUCAAAUCAAAUAGAUAUACACUGCUUUUAAAUAAAAUCAGGAUUAACUUAUACAAUCCAAAACUAUACAAUACCUACUACAGAAAUCUACAACUCAAUUGGUUUGGGUCAUUAUUUCCAAAAUUUUAUUUAAAACAUUUAAUUUAGCUUUUUAAAUUUAUCUUCUAAUUUAAAAGAUGAACUAGAUUUAAAAAUUGUUGUUUAUUACAAAUUAGAAUUAUUAUUUUAUUUUUAGAUAAUACUAAAACAUUAGGAAUAUUAUAUUAAGUUAAAUAAUUUAAUUAGACUUCAAAAUAUUAAUUUAGGAUGUUAAUCCUUGUUAAUACAAAAUAAAUUAUUAUACUAUUGUGAAUCCUUUUCAUUGUUUUUAUAUGAACUUCAAAGCGGAUUCCAAUUAUUAAAUCCUUAUGCUGUUCAUAUUCUUAAUACAGAAAUUUUUUCAUAAUUAAAUAAUACUCAUAUAGCUUUAUACAAUUUUUAAUAUAAAAUUAUAACAAUAUAUACAAUCGAUUAAUGGAGAUUAGUUAAAAAUGAUAAUAUUAAUAUUGAUAAUGAAUAAAAUAUUACAUUUAUUGUUAAAAACUAUAUAACUUAAUUAGAAUUUAGAGUAAAUAUUGUAAACUAAAUAGAAGAUGAUAAUUAUUACAGAUUUAUUAAGAUUGGAAUUGUUGUAAUAAACAAUAUUUUUAUUCAAAUUUUCAUAAUUAUUUUCAAAAAGCAAAAUAAGUGA